CCCGCCCCGCCCCUGGAACCGCCCUCCUGCACAGUCGCCCUGGCCCUGGCCCGCCUGCACUGAGCCCUCUGAGCCCGCCAGGCCCAGCACUGGAGGUGAAACAUGACCAGUGUACAGUCCAAUGAAGGCAGCAUCUCUGUGCAGGGACAGAAGCUCUUCUACCGGGAGGCCCGGCCUAGUGGUGGGCAGACCCCACGCCUCUCAGUGCUCCUACUCCAUGGCAUCCGCUUCUCCUCUGAGACUUGGCUCAAGCUGGGCACUCUGGACAAACUGGCUGAAGCUGGCUACCGGGCCGUGGGCAUUGAUCUGCCAGGUCUAGGACAUUCCAAGGAGGCAGCUGCCCCCACACCCAUUGGGGAGCUGGCCCCCAGCAGCUUUCUGCAAGCCGUGUUGGAGGCUCUGGAGCUGGGUUCCACGGCCCUGGUCAGCCCGUCUCUGAGUGGAAUGUAUUCACUACCCUUCCUCAUAGCCCCCGGCUCCCAGCUCUGUGGCUAUGUGCCUGUUGCCCCAAUCUGCACAGAUAAAAUCAGCCCCGAUGACUAUGGCCGGGUGAAGACUCCCACCCUGAUAGUGUAUGGAGACCAGGAUCCCAUGGGGGAAUCGAGCCUCAAGCACCUGCAACAGCUGCCCAACCACCAGGUGAUGGUGAUAGUGGGUGCGGGACACCCCUGCUACCUGGACAAGCCAGAUGAAUGGCACUCUGGGCUACUGAAUUUCCUGAAUGGGUUGUCAUAAGGGCCCUGGCUGGUCCCAGCCUCCCCUGGCCCCACCCUCUCCUGAUUGAGGGGACACUCAGCCACAUCCCUCCCCCUUUCACCUGGCGUCUUACCUCUCCUUCUGGUUGGGCUGUCUGACAAUCUCCCUGCCUGCAUGGCUGACCUGCCAGCUGUCUGUCCAUCUCUCCACUUGUCUGUCUAGUGCCUGCUCUCUCUCUGUCUCUCUUUCCUUAGAGCUGUAAGUGGAUGGGAAGAAUCCGGAGAAUUAACAAGGUGCAAAACCAGGGAUCCAAUCCACAUGGAGGGUAAUUGAUUAGAAACAUUCCUCUCAGUGUGCUUCCUCUGCUCCCCUCCAAACUCCAACCUUUCCCAGCUCCACACCAUCUCCAUUUUCCUCUGUCUCUGCCCACCCAUGCCCUUAUAGGAUUACAGAUGUACACACAGGCAUACACACCUAUAGACACACAUCUAGGAACAUCUGCACAUGUAGCAGCACCUCCAUGGACACACACACACACUCCAGCCUGAGGUCUCCAGGGGCAGAGGAGCUCCCUGCGAUGGUGGGGAAGGUCCUGGCCCCCGGGGUUCUGGGGCAUGCGGCUCUGGAGUUCAGGUGCCCUGGGCUGGGGGCUCAGCUCUCCAUUAGUGCUUCUUUCUGGCCUUUGCUGAAGGAAGGAGGCAAUUUUUGAGGGGAUCUCCUUCCUCUUUCUAUCCUGACACCUGAGUCCCUGACACCCAUAGGGUCUGCCUCUUCCUGCCCUUGAAUCAUGGGGGGUUGGGAGAAGAACAGAAAAAUAAAGAGAUAAGAACCUCUAGUUGCUCGUCCUUG